CCAUGACGUCACUAAAAUUAGUCAGAGAAGAAAACUAGGUCAAAUUAGUGGACAUUGCUAGUUUCUGGAGUUAAAAAUUUUCCCUCACACAGAUGUAGGGCUUCCACUAAAUGAUGGCUAAGAAUUCAAGGAGCUCAUUGAAAUCUUAUAGUGGUAUUGUUGAAAUUAAGAGCAAGUUUGAUGCGGAAUUUAGAAGAUUCUCAUUCAAUACCGACAAAUUCAACUACAAUGAAUUUCAGUCUACAAUACAAAAAUUACAUCAUCUGGAAGAACUUGGUUUUGUUAUAAAUUAUACAGAUGUUCACGGCGAUCUGUUACCAAUAAAUAACGAUGAUAAUUUCCAUAAGGCUAUAGGGUCGGCCAAACCCUUACUUCGAAUCUUAGUGCAGAGAAAAGGAGAGAGUGAAUGUGAACUAAAUGGUUAUGGUACGAGUACGCUAAGAAAAAAGAAUCCCAUCACUAAGUUGAUCAGCAGUGAACAACCUGUCAAGCGAAUAACUAUUAGUUUACCAGAAGAUUUCCGAAGGGUAUCAGCGAUCAUCGAUGUUGAUAUUAUUCCAGAUACGCUGCGUAGGGUGAAACUCAUGAAAAAUGGUUCCGAUAAACCAUUGGGUUUUUACAUCAGGGACGGUACAAGUGUUAGAAUGUCUAAAGAGGGGAUAGAUAAAGUUCCAGGUAUAUUUAUAUCACGUUUAGUACCAGGAGGAUUGGCAGAAAGUACGGGAUUAUUGGCAGUAAAUGAUGAGGUGUUAGAAGUUAACGGUAUCGAGGUUACUGGAAAAACUUUAGAUCAAGUAACUGACAUGAUGGUAGCCAAUAGCGCUAACCUUAUUAUAACUGUUAAACCUGUCAAUCAAAGAAUGACAUUAGCCCCACAAAGAGGUGCUACUGGCAGAGAUUCCCAAAUGUCACAAGCCUCACAAAAUUCCCAUCGCUCUUCCAAAUCGUUUGAUAGUGACAUUGUUGCUGAUCAUGAUGAUGAGGAUGAAAUUCACGAUCAUUUACUAAAGAAUGAUAAGAGUGAUAAAGACAGUGCUGUUGUUACUUUAUAGCAAUUUGCAGCCUUUGUUGGAGUUGUCCUUUUCAUUGUGUUGAUUUACGUAACUAUACGGCACUGGUGGCCCACUGUAUGCAAGUUAUUUAUGUACAAGGAAGAAAGCUACAGAGAUGUCAUUGACAGAUAUUGGAAACAAUAUUUUGAAUUAUACUGGGUGAUCGUAGUUCAAUACUGGACUGUUUACUGUCAAGAUUAUUGGAUAACGAUAAGAGAUUACUGGACAAAUUAUUGUCAGAUUUACAUUGAGAUAAUGUGGAAAUACGCUGUUACUAAUUAUAAUGGAAGUUGGCUUCAGGUCUUUGUACAUGACAUGACAAGACUUACAGCUGUAUCUACUGAUUUGAUAUUCAAAUUAUUUCAAAUGUAUUGGCAUAUAUUCUCAACCAAUGUAAUUGAGAUGUAUGAAGCCUAUUCCAUGAUUGUUUUAAGACAGUUACAGCGAUUUGCAGGUUAUCUUGUAGAAGUUUACAGUAAUCAGAAUAUUACAUCCAGUAUAAAAGAAUGGUGGUCAUAGAUUCAGAAAUAAAUUGUAACAGUUAUUAUACAUGUACAUAUUAUUAUAAAAGGCAGAGAAGACAGUAACAGAGAUAAGUCAGUACAUGUAGAUUUUAGAGUGUAUUUAUCAACCAAGUACAUUUGUUUAUAUGUGUGAUACAAUGUGUAGUAACAAUUAUAUUCAUAUGAUUCAUACAUGUAGGUGUAUUGCAAUACAUACCGACACAUUGUAUUAAACAAGGACUGCAUACAUAUACACUGUUAGUGUUACAUGAAGUUAUUGAACAUUGCACAGAUAUUUACAUUUGUACAUUUUUUCUCUGCCUUUUAUAUUAGCUCUUAUAUAAUAAUCAAGCUCAUGUACUUAACAUGGUGAUUAAUGUACAUCUACAUGUAUAAUCCACAAAUUUCAAUUUGAUUUAGACCGUAAUUGGUUCUGAUUAAUGGUACUUUCAUCUUGCCCAACCUGAUUUUAAGUUACUUGAUUCAGCUCAUUUAAUAGGUACAACUCUGAUUUAGGCUGAGAACAUUCCAACAUUUUUUUUUUAAAUCCAAUUUUUUUAAUAUGGGAAAUCUUUUAGGUGCGAUACUAUGAUUUAGCUUCUUUUUUUUCCUUCACGUUUUUUAAGUAUCUUCUCCUGUAUUUUGAUAUUGAUAUACACAUACAAAUGUAGCUUCUCCCCUUUAUCAAUUACAUGUAGUAACCUCUAGUAGAAAGGUCAAAUUUUCUCUAAGAGACUGUUAUGGUACAUGUACAUAAACUUAAAGGAACAGACACAGUAUACAAAAGAAUGUGUUCUAAAUUUGCAUUAUACAUGUACACAAAACUGAUAUUGACAUAUUAAAAGUCAAGGACAUAUUUUAAACAUUAUUUAAGGACAUUACUAGCUGUGAUGUACCAUAAUAGUCUUUUCUAUACUAAUUUCCAUGUGGCUUCUUUAUGCAAUAUUUCAUUGUCCGUUUAUUGUAGUAAUCGUACAUUUAGAAUUAGCCUAUUUCAUCAUUUGGGAUCAAUUUAAUUUUCAUAUUUUUCAUACAAUACAUGUUUUUAAUUACCAUUUAUGUAUAUAGCAAGAAAUAUAUUUUAUUAAUAUCUGUUUGCUUAAAUUGUAUAUAGUAGCUUUAUUCAUCUUCUAAAUUAUAUGCAUGCUCUUGAUAACCCUUUUUUAUUUGUACAUAGUUUUACUUACAUGUACAUCAUACUUCAACACAUAAGCUUACAUAUUUUUGAAAAAUUCGAUAAUCAUAUUUUUCCCAUCUACAUGGACAUGUAUUAUUUCUCAAUAACUGUUAAACUGCUAAAUAUUUCAAUUGGAUAAUUAUGCUCAGAUUUAAUAGUUUAAAACUGUAUUACUGCACAUAUGUUAAUAUCUUAGUGUAAAUGAUUUGAGCAGAUUCUCUAUAUUUUUUAAAUAUUUAUUUCUUUGCACAAUCCGUCUCCUUAAAAUAAAUAUGCAAUUCAUUGCUCAUUUGACAAAGUAGAAUUACUUAAACAUGAAAAAUACUUAUGAAUAUAAAUAUUAGAUAAAAUACAAUAAUGUGCUGUAUUUUUCAAAGUUAAUAUCUGAAUCAUUACCAUGUCUUAUCAAAAUGUAAACUUUAACCAGUGAUGCCUUAUAGAUUGUAUGUGUAUUGUGUGUUGCUCAUUUAUAUAAAUGUAACUUUUGCUACACAACAAUAUUUGACAAUAUUAUGAUUGAUAUUUUUGUCUUUUUUACUCCAAUGUAAAUACAUGUAUCUCAAGACACAUUUUUCCUUUCUUGUUUUUCAUACAAAUUUCUAUAAAGCUUUUCUAUACAUUAAAAUUGAAAUUUGAUCAUUUAAACAUGUGAUAUAUACUCUGAAUAUUAAGGACAGGUGAAUCAGAUUAUAGUUUAUGUUGAAAUAUGAUAUUAAGGUUGAACAUUUCAUAUCAUGUAAUUAGUUUAAUCAGUUGAUACCUCAAAAGAUAAUAUUAAAGUUUUGGGGUUUAUUUAUAACUUGUUUUUCAUAUUGGAAGAUUUUGUGUUAAUAUACUUUUUCUGUGUAAGCAAUAAAACAAAAUCAUAUUUCAAAAUUUUGAAAUCAUAUUUCAAAAUGCAUACGAAAAAUUUCAUUUGUUUUGGACGUCUCUUAAGCCUAGCACAUUUGGCUAAAGUUUCAAUUUUUCUUGGAACACAUCUGUAUGAGUGUUGUACAUGAUUGCCAGAUUUCUCAACGAAAUUGAUGUUUUUAUUAUUCCAGAUUUUAUCUUAAAAUAAUGUUACCAUGUAAUACUUGUAAAAAAAAGAUUGUAGUAUUUUUUGUCUAACUGUAUGUCCUCAUAAACGGUUGUGAACAAAGUAUACAUAUCAUAUAUCAGAUAAGUAUAUAUUUGUACAAAUAAAUAUAUGUUGUAUUUUUUGUAUGUACAUGAUAUACUUUAGUCUUUUAAACAUGGCUUUAGAAUAGUCUUAUCCAAACCAUUAUUAUGGAUAAUGUUGAUUUGAUUCCUCAUAUUACAUUAUUCUUUUUAGAGAUAAAUUAUAGUGAAAAUAAUGUUAUCCAUAAUAGUCUUUUAAGCCUUUUCUUAUUUCAUCACAAACAGACUUAGAGAGUAGUAUAUAGUUGAGCCACUUUUUGUCAAAUAGAUAGAAAUAUUUUCAGAGUAAAAUCAAACAGGAUAUUUGCAUGCAAGUAUGUUUAGAAAUAGUUAGUAUUAAAUAAGGUAGAAGUUAUAUAGUCUCUUUAUUCGGAAUAAAUUUUGAAAUACUUUUUUUUUUCCAAUAGAAAUGCUUGUAUAUCAAAUGAAAAUAGAAAACAUUGCAAAUGCAAGAAAUUGAAUCAUUCCAUGCAUUUAACAUAAUCCUUGAACAUUAUUUUAUUACUUCAUCUAUAUUAUAAUUACUUAUAUACACCUAUGUUGAAAAGAUAUUUUUGUGCUUAUUAAUGAUUCUAAAUUAAAGACAUAUAUUAUAACUGGCAUUAUUAUAUCAAAUAAAAAUAUCUGAAAUGCUGAA